CAAGCAAAAUAUUUAAGAAAGAAACAAAAAUGUCUUAUACGCUUAUUCGCUAGUCGCUACAUCAUACAAAGUCAGAGAUAGCCUUCGCUGCUUCUCCUUUUCACUCUAUCUCUUUCAUUCUCCUCUCCAAAAUCAUUAGAUCUCUUUAACACGUCUCCAAGCACCCGUAUUUUAUCGGGGGAGAAAACUAUGUCUGACGCUUUGAUCAAUGGAGUGGCGGGAGCCGGUGGAGGGAUCAUAGCUCAACUCAUAACAUAUCCUCUUCAAACUGUAAAUACUCGUCAACAAACAGAACGUGAUCUCAAGAAAGAGAAACGGAAAAUCGGAGCCAUUGAACAAAUGUGCCAGGUUGUAAAACAAGAAGGAUGGGAAUGGUUAUACGGAGGCUUAACGCCUUCUUUAGUCGGUACAGCUGCAUCUCAGGGUGUUUAUUAUUAUUUUUAUCAAAUAUUCAGGAACAAAGCUGAAACUGCAGCACUUCAAAGCCAGAAAAGAGGGAUUGGUGAUGGAUCAGUUGGAAUGCUUUCUUCACUUGUUGUAGCAGCUUUAGCUGGGUGCGUAAAUGUGAUGUUGACGAAUCCUAUUUGGGUAGUUGUGACACGUAUGCAGACUCACACAAAAUUCGCUGAGAACGACCAUUCUAAUAGAUUGACAACAACAGCUCCAGAGGAAACAGUUCUUCCUGUCAUUGACCCUCUUUCUUAUGGAACGAGCCAUGUGAUUCAAGAAGUCUAUGAUGAAGCAGGACUUUUGGGCUUCUGGAAAGGUGUAUUCCCAACAUUGAUAAUGGUGAGCAAUCCGUCGAUACAAUUUAUGCUGUACGAAACGAUGUUGAAGAAGCUGAAGAAAAGGCGAUCUCUUAACAAGCAGGGCAACAAUGGAGUAACUGCUUUGGAGAUAUUUCUUCUCGGAGCUUUAGCAAAACUUGGAGCUACCAUCGUGACAUAUCCUAUUCUCGUCGUGAAGUCGAGACUUCAAGCAAAACAAGUUACAACCGGGGACAAAAGGCAUCAUUACAAAGGGACUCUGGAUGCUAUUAUAAAGAUGAUCCGGUACGAAGGCUUCGCCGGGUUUUACAGAGGUAUGAGCACGAAAAUCGUACAAAGCGUUCUUGCAGCCGCCGUGUUGUUCAUGGUUAAAGAAGAACUUGUCAAGGGUGUUCGACUGAUGCUUAUUAAAGAUGGCUUUCGUGUUACGAAAUCUAAGUCUCCUUAGUGAAUACUCUCGUGCUUCUUACCCCACUCCAGUUAUUUAAACAAUUUGUAGUUGGUUAAAAUAUAAAAGUUGAAUUAUAGCAUAUAAUUGAAAAUAUAUAAAAAUAUUAUUACUCAUUGAAAUAAACCUGUAACAUUUGAAUGGAAUUUGGAAAUAUCAACAAUAAAUUUGUUUAUGUUCA